AUGGAAAUGUAUCGAGAAACUAGCGAAUCUCGACAACACGACGCUACAAAUUUACAACAAGGUUCUCUUACCGUACAAAAACAAUCAAACACUUUUUCCAAGAAAAUCCAAGAACAACAAGCCACUACCAAUAAUAGUAAAAAUCGAUGGGACCACAAUAGUGAUAGGCACAAUAUGGGACUAUUUAUAUACAGCAAACUUCCAGCCAAAAUAUUUAUUCUUAUCGCGAUUCUCACUUUUGUUGUUCUUUUUGAAAAAAGACCGGACCUUUCUCCUCAAGCAUCAGAACCAAAUUGCAUUAUGGAUGACGAUCUUGAGUGCGGGGAAACGAUGUCCAUCGGUGAUAAACGUGUCCUGGAAACAAAGUUAUUACAAGAUCAUCAAAGCAUCGUUUGGAGCAUCAAUCACGGCUCCCAAGGAUCGGGACAGAAAAGAGAUGAUCAAGAAUCGAUGGAGAAACAAUCGAUCUCUUUUCUCCCGAGAUUUAUGUACGGAGAAGAAGCUGGAAACAUGGGACAUUGGGAAUUGCGCGGAAGUGAACCCGUGGACGCACCUAAUUCUGGUGAGGCCCGAUAUCCGAUUGAGAGCCCACUCAAUUUAUGUGAAAUCGAGAAAAGUAGCACUUCCCUGUCAAAAUUGCCAGCUCUACUUUCCCUCUUGAAGAAUGACCGCUUUGGAUUUCAUAUAAUUACGAGUAAAAAAGAUCUGUCAGAUUUGUCAGACUUAUUGUACGAAGACAAUAUUAAGUAUUUCGCUAAAACAUUUGGUAUUAUUGAUCCUCGUGCUGUAUGUAUUGACCAUUCUGGACUUUCCAUCUGGAUAUUGGAUAAUCAUGGUCACAUGUUUUGUUGGGACGAGAUGGGACAUAAUAUGGAUUACAUGGGAUCUAGUUUGAUUGAAGGUCUCACGAACAAUUUUUUCAACCCAGAUAAGAUAUAUAGGGUUACGGAGGAUACUUGCGAGCUUAAUCGUUGGGUAGAUGAUGAGACACUGUGGCCAUAA